UUCCGGUCCACGCCGGGCCUACUUCCGGUGUUGCUCACCCUGGGCCUUCCUGAGGGGUUGCCAUGGCGGGCAGCAGGCUGGAGACCGUCGGCAGCGUCUUCACCCGGACACGGGACCUGCUCCGUGCCGGUGUGAUGACAGAGAAGCCCCUUUGGUAUGACGUGUACGCCGCCUUCCCCCCCUUGAGAGAGCCGGUUUUCCGGAGGGUCCGCCAGCGCUACGGCAAGGCCAAGGCCCUGGUCCCUGAGGUCCUGUACCAAGAAGAUCGAAUCCGAGCGAAAUUUUAUUCUGCCUACGGCUCUGGUCCGAGAGCCUUUGAACUGUUCAACUCAAACUUCAAAUCUACCAGCCAAAGGUUUGUCGAAAAGUACACAGAAUUGCAGAGCCUGGGAGAAACCGAUGAAGACAAAUUAUUUGGAGAAACGGGGAAGGCUUUACUGGCGGAAGGCAUCACUCUACGGAGAAAAGACGGAGCAGCCGGCGGAGGUCAAAAGGCUGCCCAGAAACCCAUGCUUACAAACCUCAGUCUCAAAGCCUUAUUGGACGAGAGCCAGAGUCAGCAAGGGGCCCAGCAGGAGCAACUUUUGGAAUCCACUGAAGAGCAACAGAAAAAUCUCCCUCCCCACUGAUCGACUGUAGAUUCACCCACCCAGGGCUCCUGGCGUCUCCACAACUGUGCCGAGUAGAUGCGAGUUGUGCUAGUUGUAAGAACUGUUGAGAUGCAUAAAUGCUCCCCCUUUAAGAACUGACACUUGUGUUUUACCCUGUUCUGAGCUGUCGUGAAAUCCAGAACGCUAGUUCUGGAGAAAAUUAUGUAAUUUUUUUUUAUAUUAAAUAAAGAAUUUGUUCGUCACUCACUCAUCAGAUAAACGCACCGCA